GUAUUGUGGAAGUGUUCUGCUGACGCUUCAGAACUCCGAUGCCCGCCGCCGCGAGCCUGCGCCGCCGCGGCCGCCGCCACAAGAAGUUCGUGUACAGACCGAAGCCGCCGCCGGAGCCGCACCCGUUCCUGAACCGCCUCAAGGCGCUUCCGACCCCCGUCGCCGCCGCGGCCGCGCUGCUCUCCGCGCCGAGGCACCUCCACGACCACCCCUUCGCCGCCUGCGUGCUCUACCGCCUCGCGCGCGCGCGCCUCUUCCCGCUCGUGGCCCCGGUCCUCUCCGCGCUCCACGCCCGCGGCGCCCCGCUCCGUCCCGCGGUGUUCGCCGCCGUCAUCGACCACCUCGGCGCCGCCUCCCGCCCCGACGCCGCGGCCCUCGUCUUCCGCGCCGUCCCUGCUUUCUGCUCCCACUCCGCCGCCACGUUUCAUUCGCUCCUCAACGCCCUCGUUUCCAACGGCCGCGCGGACGCCGCCCACGACAUGCUCCCGCUCGCCCCGAAGCUCGGCGUCCGCCUGAACGCCGUGUCGUACAACAUCAUCCUCAAGGGCGCUUGCCUUCGGGACGGGUUCAUGGGCGCCCGCGCCAUGCUCGACGAAAUGCUCGGCCGAGGGGUGCGGCCGACGGUGGUUACCUUCAACACGCUGGUGGGAUCAGCGUGCCGGGAGGGUGAGCUGGGCGCGGCGGAGCGGCUCGUCGACGAGAUGGUGCGUCGUGGCGUGACGCCAAACGCCGCCACCUACGCCUUGCUGAUGCGCGGGCUCUGCGACUCCGACCGCUACGACGACGCCAAGAAGCUGAUGUUCGACAUGGAGUACCGGGGCUGCCAGGCCGAGGUGGUGAACUACGGCGUGCUAAUGGCCUCCUGCGCGAGGCGCGGGGAUGCCGACGGCGUCAGGGAGCUGCUCUCCGCCAUGCGCAAGCGGAAGCUCAAGCCCGACGACGCGAGCUACAACGUCCUGAUCAAGUGCCUCUGCGACGCCGGCAGGGUCGGCGAGGCGCACAGGGCGCUGCUCGAGAUGCAGCUCAAGGGCACGGUGCCUGGCGCGGCCACGUACCGCGUCCUCGUCGACGGAUGCUGCAGAGCUCGCGACUUCGAGCUGGGUUUACGAGUUCUCAACGCCAUGCUGGCGAGCGGCCACUGCCCUCAAGCUCGCACCUUCAGGCACCUGGCGAGAGGGCUCGGCGAGGACGGCAAGGCGGAGGAGGCGUGCUUCGUCUUGGAGCAGAUGGCGAGGAGGGAGAUGUGCUUGGAUGCAGAUGGGUGGCAAGCUGUUGUCACCUGCGUUUGCAGCAGCUGCAGCACCAAGGCAAGUGAGAUCAAGCUCGCCGGUGAAUUAGCGUUAUCACAUUGAUGUUUUCAUCUCCUACUUUGGUUUUGGCUUGUCAAUUCAUUUGCAUCAGAAUUUGCCCAGUUUCUUUGGCUCUCAAAUUUUGCCUAGCUAGCUUUGAUUUGAUUUGAGCAUAAGAAAGAGACAUACUUUGCAUCUGGGCAAAAGGAGAAAGAUAUGGAUCACACUACUGCAGUGAUUCUGAAAGCAUUUUCAUGCCAACAAGCACAUGAUUAAUGAUUAAGGGCCUAAGAGCAUCC